AAGAUGGCCAAUCGCGCUUGAGCGUCCCUGCUGCCUCCCCAGUUGAAGUGGUAUUAUUUACAACAGAAACAAAGCGAAAGUUGGGGGGUAUGUCUCCAGAGGAUGGUGAUCCCCAGAGUUCCCCUUUUCCUGGAUUCAGUUCCACCAGUGAUGAUCUCACUCUGAGGCGUGGUGACCUAGACAACAGUCAUGAGCCACAAAAAGGAAACAGCUUUGAAGAGAAGCACACCUUUCUGAAACUACUGAUUGAUGCAGAAGCUGCUGCCAACUCUGCAGGAAUACAACUUGCUUCAUUCAAAAAUGCAAUAGAAGAUGAAUUUACUGAUUUGGGACCGUCUUCCAAAGACAAGCGUGGAAUCACAAGGCAGAGAGGACUUUUGCUGGAGAAGUUGGAGAAUUUUAGACGAAUAAAUAAAUCUGUGCGACAGGAGUUAAAACUACACCAAAAUGCAGAGGUUAAUCGAAUUACUGAAAAGAAACGGACAGACCUCUUAUUAAAGAAGAUAACACAAGCUGAAAGUGAAAAUGAGCGCUUACAAAUCAUUCUGAACAAGACUGAGCGGAGGAUCGAGGAGCUAAUGAAUACAAGGAGAGACCAGCAGAAGAACAUUAAAAGUGGAGUUCAUAAGACCAAGUCGGCAGAAGUGACGCACGCUCGCCUGCAAGGGCAGCUGCGCAACAAGGACGCUGAGAACAGUCGCCUGACUGUCCAAUUACGGACUCUGGAGAGAACUCUAACUGAGCAAAAGAUGGAGAUCAAUGAGCUGAAAGCGUCCAUUGCCUCUAUGACCAGGAAAGCUGCACAAGACAAAGAAUCGCUCAAGAAAGCGACGCGGGCACAAAAACUUAGGACGGAGAGGUUUGAAGCUGCGAUUGACAAAUGUCGUGCACAGCUGAAGGAAAAGGAUGCAGAGUUGGCUGAAGCACAUUUACAAAGAGACUCCAAAAGACGGCAGAAAAAGCAGGCGACAGACGAGAAACAAAAACUUCUCGCUCACAUAGACGUCCUGAAAAGUCAAGUUGCAGACUUGACUUUGAGGUUGCAGAAAAAGAAAGAUGAGCUCUCUGCAGCUCAUGAGAUGAAGAUGCAAAAGUCUGAAAAAAUCCUCGCUGAAAACGGAGAACUGACUGUUCGAAAUGCAGCGCUCAAGGCAUCCGUGGCUCGGCUGGAGCACCAGCUCACUGAUUGUGAGUCGGCACUCGUCGAGGAGAAAAUCAUCUCCCAAGAGAAGAAACAUCAAGCUGAACGGUGCCAGCUUCAGAUUGCUGAACUACAAGCUGAGAUCGAUGGCCUUAGAAUAAAAUAUGCAAAUCUUUUACAAGACACAGAAAAGACACGGGAAGGAAAACAUACAGCGGUGGAGAAGGUGAGGCGGGAGCUGCAGGGGCGUGCGGAAGAGCUAGGGGCUUACCCCGAGUUACUGAGUGCAGCUGAGCAGAGGCUCCUCGAUCGCCAGGAGAGCCUGCAGGGCUUGGAGAGGAGGUGCUCAGAAAAGUCAAAAUCCAUUAAGCAGCUGCAAUCUAAGAUGGAGAGUCAAACCAAACAACUGAGAGCAUCAGUGGAGAUGAAGGAGUCCAUUCAUGAAGUCAAAUUACAGCUAGAGGAACACAUACAGUCACUUCAAAAGAAAAUAGACGUGCUGCAGCUGGAGAACCUGGAGCUGGUACGGAAGCUUGCUGCUAACGAGGAAGCUCUGAGAUACAGCAACCGGCAGCUGGAUCAGCGCUCGUCUGAGUGUCAGGCCCUGAGCCGACAGCUGGAGGCUGCUUUAUCAGACGUCAGAGAGCAGGUCAGAAAAGUUCAGUUUCAGGCUGCUUCCAGAGAAGAGGCCCUGCAGACAAAAAUCAUGGAGCUGGAAGCUGAAAAGAGCAGAAGGGAUAAUGAAUUCCGGCUUCUUCGCCAGAGAAAAAUAACUGCAGAGAAACAGUUUGAGGUUCGUCUGAAAGACCUGCAGCUCAGCCUGGACCAAUCAGAGAGCCACAAACGAAGCAUUCAGAAUUAUGUGGAUUUCCUUAAAAACUCUUACAAGACAAUGUUCGAUGAAGGGCUGCAGAUGUCCACUUUUGGAUCGUCUUAUUUCCUGAAAUGAUCUGCUAUUUGAAAAGGUGUGUGCUGGUAAUAAGCUCCUAAAACUUAUUUAAAAUAGGUUUGCUGUUUUCAGGGAAACUGAACACAGUCUUUAAUUUUAUACAAGCCUUUUUGUAGUGCAUGUCUUUACUUUUAGGGUUAAAGACAACUGAACACUGGAUUUUUGGAUCAUAUUUAUGUGAAACCGGGUUGUGGUUGGGUCAUGGUAACUCUAACCCCUUUGCAGCAGCAGUCGUGUUUACAUGGGAAUGAAUGGACCAGCUAUGGUGCUAUUUUCAGUCCACUUCCCACCCUGGAAUCACCAGAAAGCCGACAUGCAACAAAAUAUUUGUUACUGGGAAUAAAACAAAUGUCUCUAGCCA